UUAUUAGAAAGUAUAGGUAAAACAUAAAAAUAAAACCAAGCUUUUAGUGAUUACUGAACUGCACUUCUGUUAACAUUUAUGACAUGAUAACAGAAGUUUUGACUUUUCUGUAUCUGAUAAAUUAAUCAUUCUAAAUGGCGUCAGUUCAAAAGUUGACAUCCAAUUAAUAUUACAUUCAUUCUUCCAUUUGUCAUCGCAUUGUUAGUCACGUGAUGAGCGUGUAGUGCAUCAAACAAAAGCACAGCCGUCGUUGCAUGUCAUAUCCUGUAUUUAUCUCCUCCCUCUCCACAUUUGGCCCCUUGCGCAGUGCUCAUGAUCAGCUUAUGAAAUAUUAACCAUGCUCCAGCUGCAAACAGCAACUUCCAGUCCGUGUUUUAGCGGCGGCUGCCUGCCUGCUGUCAAUGAACAUCCAGCAGCCUCCUCUCGCCUCUGUUCCUCUACGUCUUUCGUUCGCUCCGCCCUUUCCUUCCUAUCUGUUUUUUUUUACCUCCUCUCUCACUCACUCACUCUCCCUCGAUGCAUCCAUUAUUGUGCUUUUAAGAAAUCUCCAAGAAUUACCAAUCUGGAGGAAAGCGAGCUAAGCAGAGUGACAGAGGAGGGUUGAGAAGGGCUCCAUCAGACGAGGACGCACCGGUCAUCGUUUUAUUCCGGCAUGCGAGUGUAACCUUUUUAGAGAAUGGCAGCGAUGGGUUAGACAGGAUUCACCAUGACUGCGAAAUAAAAAGGCAGGAGUAUUUUCUCUGAAUUUGUUUAUGUAUUUUACCUUUUUCAUUUGCGUGUUCUCCCUGGAUGAAUGGAUGGAUGGAUGAAGGCUUGUGCUCGGAUUACCAGCAGAUUGUGUGCAGACCAGAAUCUCGGGGACAUCUCUACAACAUCCACGAGCUUGAGCUUUUUCUCCCCCACUUCUACGACAUUUUCAUGUGUGAAUUGGUGCCUUUCAAUGUGAAUGAUGCGAGGCGACCCCCUCCCUUGGCUGCAGCACAUUUAAUAAAGCGAUCAUGAGGCGUUAAUGGGUUUGGAUGAAGCCUGUAAUUGAUAUUUUUGACGCACGGUGUAAGAAUUAUACGCUACUCCAGACCGUGUGUAAGCCACCGUGCCUGCAGCAAAAUCCCCUUUCUGACAGCAUGAGAUGUUCCAGCAUGUGUCCUGUGUGUUACAUCCGGGCUGACAGCAGCUGAUGGUGCUCAUGUUCUUUUAUUUUAUUUUUCCUUGCAGCCAGCGUGUGUUUAAGAUGUCUGCUCCACACGGGCCCAGGGGCGGCGCUGGCCCUGCUACCGCCGCCGCCACUGCUGCCUCAGCGACCGGCGCCAUGCCGGAGCUGCCGGACCUCAGCCACCUCACUGAGGAGGAGAGGAAAAUCAUCCUCGGUGUCAUGGACCGACAGAAGAAAGAGGAGGCGAAGGAACAGUCAAUGUUAAAGAUCAAAGAAGAAACAAAGCCUCAGCCUGCACAGUGGUUUCCCUUUAGUGGGAUCACUGAGCUGGUUAAUAACGUUCUUCAGCCCCAGCAAAAGUCCCAAAAUGACAAGAAGCCAGAACCAGACGCGAAGUUGCACCAGCAAUUUGAAUCGUACAAGGAACAGGUCAAGAAGAUGGGUGAUGAGUCUAAGCAGACUCAGGAUCAGAAGAGUGAAGCCCCGAUCUGUGGGAUAUGCCACAAAACCAAGUUUGCCGAUGGCUGUGGCCACCUCUGUUCAUAUUGCCAAACGAAAUUCUGUGCUCGGUGCGGAGGACGAGUGUCUCUGCGGUCAAAUAAGGUUAUGUGGGUAUGCAACUUGUGCCGAAAACAACAAGAAAUCCUCACCAAGUCGGGGGCGUGGUUCUAUGGCUCGGGGCCUGAUCAGGUGGAGGGCGUGUUUGAAGGCGGUCCAGAGGGGAAAAAGGCGAAACUGCAAGAUCCAUCGCUGUACAGCCACCCAGGAGCCUCAGGGGACUUAGCACCAGGGUCAGACAGGAGCAGGCCUCACGCUGGACGUCUGCCCAGGCAGGGGUCCCUGGACAACGGGUCAGGACCGAGGUACUCGGGACCAGGAGACGCAUCCAUAGACAGGAAACGAAGCCCAUCUGCAUCCAGGGAUCCAAACCAAAAAUACGACCAAAGGGAGGGGGGUGACCACUCACAGUAUGCCCCGACGGACGGCGGCAUGCCCAGAUCACCGUCCGACUAUGGAAAUGGGGACCCUCGGCGGGCUCCGCGGGGCCCACACUUGUACCCUGAUGUAAAUGCAGCGAGGAUGGGCUAUCGGGACAGGCGGGGUCCCGGACGAUGGCAUUCACAGGAAUAUCCACUGGACCAGGAGAUAGAUGGACCGCCCAGUGAGUAUGACCUGCAGCAGCAGCGUCAGGAGGAGUUUCAGGCGCGCUAUCGCAGUGACCCUAACUUGGCCCGCUACCCUGUGAAGCCACAGCCGUAUGAAGAGCAGAUGAGGAUGCACGCAGAGGUGGGCCGUCUGAGGCAUGAGCGUCGCCACAGUGAUGUCUCACUGGCUUACACAGAACAGCAAGACCCUGGCCCCAUCAGGCUGUCUCGACAACAUCUCACUGAGCGCCGGCCGCCGAUGGUGGGACAGCGCUCGUACUCCGUUGACCGCUCCUCACCAGGACCAAUGGGUCCUGGUCUUGGAGGUCACAGAACCUCCAACCGUAGCCCCCCAACGCCACAUCGCAGCCCUGUGCUGGGUGAUCGGAGAGGAGACCUUGGUGUUUGUGGAGACCACAUGAGGAGGCAGCAACACCACUUGGACCCUAGUUCGGCUGUUCGUAAAUCAAAGAGGGAGAAAAUGGAGAGCAUGCUGAGGAACGACUCUCUCAGCUCAGACCAGUCAGAGUCGGUGCGCCCGCCACCCCCUAAACCCCACAAAUCCAAAAAGGGAGGAAAGAUGAGGCAGGUGUCACUAAGCAGCUCGGAGGAGGAGUUGGCCACUACCCCCGAGUAUACAAGCUGUGAGGACGUGGAGAUAGAGAGUGAGUCAGUCAGUGAGAAAGGCGACAGUCAAAGGGGAAAAAGAAAAACUAUUGAGCAGGCAUUUAUGUCUGAGCCGACACACACCUUAUCUGAGAGGCAAAAGAAAAUGGUACGCUUUGGGGGACACUCAUUUGAAGAGGACUUGGCAUGGUGUGAACCACAGGUUAAAGACUCGGGAGUUGAUACGUGCAGUAGCACAACCCUAAACGAGGAGCAUAGCCAUAGUGAGAAGCACCCGGUGACGUGGCAACCGUCCAAAGAUGGGGAUCGUCUGAUUGGGCGUAUUUUGCUCAACAAGCGAAUGAAAGAUGGAAGUGUUCCUCGAGACUCAGGAGCUCUGCUUGGUCUGAAGGUGGUGGGAGGCAAGAUGACAGAAUCUGGUAGACUUUGUGCUUUCAUCACUAAAGUGAGAAAGGGGAGUCUAGCAGACACUGUUGGACACCUCAGACCAGGUGAUCAGGUGCUGGAGUGGAAUGGGAAGCUUUUACAAGGAGCCACAUUUAAAGAAGUUUACAAUAUCAUACUAGAAUCAAAGCCUGAGCCGCAAGUGGAGUUGGUGGUCUCACGGCCUAUAGGAGAUAUUCCAAGGAUACCAGACAGCACACAUGCACAACUGGAAUCAAGUUCAAGUUCUUUUGAGUCUCAGAAGAUGGAUCGUCCGUCCAUCUCUGUCACAUCCCCCAUGAGUCCGAAUGUGCUGAGGGAUGCCCCCCAGUACCUGUCAGGACAACUCUCAAGCCAAAGCCUUAGUAGAAGAACAACGCCUUUUGCCCCUAGGGUCCAGGUCAAACUAUGGUAUGACAAAGUUGGCCAUCAACUAAUUGUCACCAUCCUGGGCGCCAAAGAUCUGCCACCCAGGGAAGAUGGUCGACCCAGGAAUCCUUAUGUCAAAAUCUAUUUCCUCCCUGAUAGAAGCGACAAAAGCAAGAGGAGAACAAAAACUGUAAAGAAAUCCUUAGAGCCUAAGUGGAACCAGACCUUUAUGUACUCGCCGGUGCACCGGCGGGAGUUCAGAGAGCGCAUGCUGGAGAUUACGUUGUGGGACCAAGCCAGGGUGAGAGAAGAGGAGAGUGAAUUCCUGGGUGAGAUUCUAAUAGAGUUGGAGACUGCACUUUUGGAUGACGAGCCACACUGGUACAAGCUACAAACACACGAUGUGUCCUCCAUCCCACUCCCACGUGCCUCCCCAAACACACAACGCAGGCUCCAUGGGGAGAGUCCAACAAGGAGACUGCAGAGAUCCCAGAGGAUAAGUGACAGUGAGAUCUCAGACUACGAUUGUGAAGACGGUGUCGGAGUAAUAACAGAUUACCGGUCGAAUGGCAGAGAUUUCCAGAGCUCCACGUUGUCGGUCCCUGAGCAGGUGAUGUCCUCUAACCACUGCUCCAGGUCGGCUGAUAUCAACAGGGCACGGUCACGGUCCCCCAGUGUUCCCCCUCCCUCCAGGAACCACGGAUCCAUGGAUAGACACGAGUAUCACAGCAGAUCCCGCUCCGCAGACCAGCGGCCCACUAUAGAGCGCCCCUCCUCUCGCUCGCGCUCCACUGAACGCCCCCUCGACUCUUCGCUCAUGAGGUCCAUGCCGUCUCUGCCAUCAGGGAGAUCCGCUCCCCCCUCACCUGCCAUGACGAGAGCGCAUCCUCGUAGUGGAUCAGUCCAGACCAGUCCCACCAGUACUCCGAUAUCUGGCAGACGGGGACGGCAACUACCACAGCUUCCACACACAGGGAAGGACAGAAAAGAUGGAGACGAAGGAACAGAGCCUUGUGAAGGUAUGGACAUGGAGGAGAGGACGAGGCAGAUGAAGCUGAAGAUGAACAAGUACAAACAGGGGGCGGGCUCCGACUCCAGACUGGAGCAGGACUUUCACAAGCGUUCGGGCAGAGAUCCACGGGGCUCAGACAACUUGUCGGCCAAGUCCUCGGACAGUGAUGUAAGCGACGUGUCCGCUGUGUCGAGAACCAGUAGCGCCUCUCGCACGAGCUACAUGUCUGUCCAAUCAGAAAGGCCGCAAGGAAACCGAAAAAUCCGGCAAAUGGGCUCGACAGGCGGCAUGAACAUUACCAAGAGCACAAGCAUCAGCGGUGACAUGUGUAACCUGGAGAAGACGGACGGCAGCCAAUCAGACACGGCCGUUGGCACGGUCGGCAUCGACGACAAGAAGAGGCGCUCCAGCAUUGGUGCCAAAAUGCAGGCCAUGGUUGGCAUGUCGCGCAAGAGCAGGAGCACCUCUCAGCUCAGCCAAACAGAAGCAGGGGGUAAGAAGCUGCGCAGCACUAUCCAGAGGAGCACAGAGACGGGGCUGGCGGUGGAGAUGAGGAGCAGGAUGACUCGGCAGGCCAGCCGAGAGUCCACGGACGGCAGCAUGAACAGCUACAGCUCCGAGGGAAAUCUCAUCUUCCCGGGUGUGCGACUCUCCUCAGAUGCCCAGUUUAGUGACUUUCUGGAUGGUCUAGGUCCUGCCCAGCUGGUAGGGCGGCAGACAUUGGCUACUCCACCUAUGGGUGACAUCCAGAUAGGCAUGGUGGACAAGAAAGGUGCACUGGAGGUGGAGAUCAUCAGAGCCCGUGGCCUUGUAGGAAAACCAGGUUCCAAGGCACUGCCAGCACCAUAUGUAAAGGUCUAUCUUUUGGAAAAUGGAGUCUGCAUAGCCAAAAAGAAAACAAAAGUAGCAAGAAAAACCUUGGAUCCUCUUUACCAGCAGCAACUGCCGUUUGAAGAGAGCCCAGGAGGGAAGGUUUUACAGGUUAUCGUAUGGGGUGACUAUGGACGUAUGGACCACAAAUCCUUCAUGGGAGCAGUUCAGAUACUGUUAGACGAGCUAGACCUGUCCAACAUGGUGAUUGGCUGGUUCAAGCUCUUUCCUCCUUCCUCACUGGUGGACCCCACUCUGGCCCCACUGACUAGAAGAGCUUCCCAAUCCUCACUGGACAGUUUCUCUCGAUCAUAGCAGCCUGUGGACUGAUAGCGUUGUUGUAGCAGCCGGUGUUGCGAUUACAGGUCACGCCCCCUGGUUACACUGCAUGCUUGAUGUUGUGUCUUCUGAGCCUGUUUCUAGGGGUGCAAACGUGAUCCUGUGUUUUGAGCAAAAGCGUCAUCACGCACGCACGUUGUGCACGUGACAAAAGCGUUUUGCGACCGCCUGGCCGCCCGGCGAUCGCCAGGUGUUGUUGUUGUUGUUGUUUGGAGGAAGCUGGAAUGAACUCCUUAGCACGAGGAAUCUGUCAGUUCCAGGUUUUCAUCCAAUUCGAAGCCAUGGGGGGGGCAGAACUGGGAACCACUCAAUGAGUUCUACAGAAGCCCUUUUUUUCGAAUGAAAACUAAAUGUUUUGCUUUGAUUAUUUUUUUUUUCCCUUUUUCCUUUAUUUAUUAUUUUUUCUUUCAAUGUCUAUGUACUUGUAUCUGAAGGGCGUGAUAGUGUUUCUAACCGGACGCUUGGUCACGCCACGCCAACAGACCUAGCUGUGUAGAUGGGAGUUUUGCAGACGAUCACUUUGGGUGAGGUGUGUCCCAGCUUGUAUCCACACUCCCCCAGAAAAACCAAACAAAAAAGCCCCGCAUACACCAGGUUUAUGUACUAAAUCAAACUGCACGGGUGAAUCAGAGGCAAUACGACGUGGCUCCUACCAUCAACACCUCAGAAUAGUAACAACUCACACACCACGAAAAGAUGUACAAUCUACCAUCCUUCUCUCUCUGUUGAUAUAUUGUAUGAAAAUUAAGUGAGAAGAAAAAUAUUUUGUUCCUUUUUAGUUCAUUUGCAUGAACACGAGUUUAGCUAAAGGUAAAAAUAAAAAAUAAAAUUAUUUUCUUGAGGCUGCAACUUGCAAAAAAAGGGUGAAAAUGAAUAAAACAGAUCAGCCAUUUUCAACAAUUUCUAUUAUUUUUAAGGAUAAAUUUCACUAGUGCAUGGUUUUCAAGGGGAGUGAAUGCAACACCGUGAUUUAAAAAAAAAAAAAACAUUGUUUCUCAUUCUUUAAAAACCAUCCGUGCGUCUGUGUUUGGCAGACCUGCAGAUAAGGGAAACUUUUUGGACGUUAUUUAACAGAAAAAAAAAGUUUAUGUGACAAAAAGUGAAAAAGAAAAUAAAUGUAAAUUAUUUGUUUCAUUGUUACAAGGCCGAGGCCUUACGGAGAUAAACAUGCAAAUUGUACAUGUGUCUCUUUUUCUUCCUUGUCCCAGGGUACCUCUCAUUGUACUGUCCAUCGCUACCAUCAUUCAGUCCCCUGAUACUGUCCAGAUUUUAGGACUGUUGGUUAUUUUACACCUCUGUAUUGUUUCUGUAUGUUUUUUUUUCUUCAAUUUUUGGGUUUGAUUUGUUUAACAAGCAUGUUGAAAAGGAGUUUCUGCAACAUGGCUUGGGCACACCUUACAGUAACUCAGCAUGUUUUGAUAGAGAUGAUAUUUGGAAAAUUUGCAGUUUCUUGUACAGUGCAUGUCGACUUCAUUACUUUUCUCCCUCACUUUGAAUUGAACUUUACAGCAAAUUAGUUCUCGGUCUCUUCCAUGACCAGGUAAUGAAGUUGCAACAAAAAACAUUCCACCCCCACAAGGUCUUUUUUUUUUCAGGAUUUUGAGAAAAAAAAAAGGUGACAAUUAAAUAUUUUAUAUUUAAUGGAGGUUGACAAACCAGUUGUGAUUGCAAGUGUAUUUUAUUUCAGUAUUGUUGAAGAACAUGCAAAAAUAUUCUACUGGUACAGCAGGAAGUCUAUACCUAAUCAAGUGGCAGCCAACGUGCCGAGGACGUGCGUGGCUGCUGUUUCAUUUUACAGACACUGUAUGUGAAGAGAACAAGUUCAAAUAGCAAGGGAUAUUGCCACAGAAUUUUUUUUCUUGUUUUAAUGAAAAUGAAAUUAAUUUACUAUAUUUUUGUUAGUUUCAUUUAAAAGCCAAGACCAGUUUAUUUUUAAUUUUCUAUUUUUAGUAAUUACAAAUACUUCCCAUGUCUGGGAGGUAGGUGAAUCUUAUAGUUGCAGUAUGUCUGAAUGAAAUUGAAUCAAGGCAUUUUUCCUUUUCCAUGUGACGAUUACACGUUUUAAUGUCAUAAAAAAGAAAAACCCAAUUGCUGUAACAUCAGUGGCUACAGUAUAUAUUUUCAUUUCCAGUUUCAUUGUACAUAACCUUAAAUGUCAAAGAAGCAACUGAGAAUAGAUAUUUGAUGGUAGACCUUUGGGGGAGGAAGAAUGCCUCAAAUAAUGAAGAAGACAUAUGUUAUUUCUCCUUUUGAAUGCCUUUUCAGUUUCUCUUUUUGGUGCAAUGUGUUAAUGCCAAGGCUAUGUCUUGGUGAAGUAUGGUUGAGUACAGAGAUUUAUGUAAGUUAUUUUUCAAAUUAAAAUUAAAAAAUGAUAUUACACUGACUCUGUGUUUGCUGUCUUACUGCUGCGCACAGACUUUGUAGUUGAGAACAAGUUGCUUCUUUUAUUAAUUAACUCUUUAUGGAAGC